GGUCGGGAGGAGCCGCCGGAGCUGGAGCUAGAGGCUCCAGGAGCUGCAGCAGCAGCAGCAGGAGGAGGAGGAGAGGAGCAGCAGCAGCAGCGCCGCACCUCCGCCUUGGCUGCCCGCCUGAGCGCCAGCCGCUGCCCCCGGGUCCCGCUUGCAGCCCUAGCCUAGACGAUCGCCCUGGCAGAGUCCGGCCGAUGGGCAGCAGCAGCAGCGACAGCCAGCGGCGGGCGGCGAGGCGGCGGCCCUCGCACUGGUCCCCGCGCGCCCUCGGACUGUAGCAGCUCCCCACGGACCGCGUCGAGGAGAUUCUUGCUCCUGGUUGUACAAUACAAGUUGGGGCCUGUUCACCUUCUGAGGUGAAUGAAAUACUGUUGCCCAGAUGUCUUGAAGAAUGUUUUUCAAGAGAACUGAAGUGUAUAAGAAUUAUUUUGACAAAUGAAGAGAAAAUUGAUUGUGGAAUAAUCUUAUUCUGAAGAUGUUGUUUUCAUUUGGUUUAAAAGAGAAAAUAUAACUCUAGAAAAAGCCUUUAUCUGCAGUUAAUGUCAGUUUAUAGACAGCAAUGUAAUUAAAUUUACAUCUGUCUUUUUGAUGACACUUGGAACAUUUUGCCUUGGUAGGCAUGAGUGACCCAAGGCAGUCACAAGAAGAGAAGCACAAACUUGGCAGAACUUCUUCAAAGUUCAAGGAUUCCUCCAGAGUCAUGCAGUCUGAUGAUUAUUUUGCUCGGAAAUUUAAAGCCAUGAAUGGCAACAUGAGACCUGCCACUUCUUUAAAUCCUUCAAAUUCCUGUGAGAGUGGUGGUCCAGCUAAUGGUACACCAGCUGUGCCCAAGAUGGGUGUGAGGGCAAGGGUUUCAGAAUGGCCUCCCAAGAAAGACAACUCCAAAGCACUGUGGGAAAGCCGGACUCAAACCAGUUAUGAAAGUGUCACCUCCAUCUUGCACAAUGGGAAGAAUGACCUGAGUGAUGAUCAGCAAGAGGAGCAACUUGAUCUAGAUUUUGUGGGAGAAAUCUUUGUUCACUCUCCUCAAAGAGGACUUCACCCCAUAAGACAAAGAAGCAAUAGCGACGUCACCAUCAGUGACAUCGAUGCAGAAGACAUCUUAGAUCAAAAUGCCGUGAACCCCAAUACUGGGGCUGCUCUCCAUAGGGAAUAUGGAAGCACCUCAUCCAUUGACCGACAAGGCUUAUCUGGUGAAAACAUUUUUGCUAUGCUUAGAGGGUACCGGGCAGAGAGUUAUGACCACAAAACAAUGGCCCUUUUUGGGUUCCCAGAAUUUUUUCCCUGUGAUGAUGCGAUCUCUCCCAGCCUUCAUGCAGCAACUCAGAUUUCUAGAGGAGAAUUUGUGCGCAUCUCAGGCUUAGACUACAUGGACAGUGCCCUCCUAAUGGGGAGAGACAGAGACAAACCUUUCAAACGGAGGUUAAAGUCAGAAUCAGUAGAAACCUCCCUCUUCCGAAAGUUGAGAACUGUUAAAAGUGAACAUGAAACAUUCAAGUUCACAUCUGAUCUGGAAGAAAGUCAGCUGGAGAGAGGGAUUCGCCCUUGGAAUUGUCAACGGUGUUUUGCACAUUAUGAUGUUCAGAGCAUUUUGUUUAAUAUUAAUGAAGCCAUGGCUACAAGGGCCAACGUGGGGAAAAGGAAAAACAUAACCACCGGGGCUUCAGCUGCAUCCCAGACUCAGAUGCCAGCAGGCCAGACAGGCAGUUGUGAGUCUCCUUUGGGGAGCAAGGAGGAUCUCAACUCUAAAGAGAAUCUGGAUGCUGAUGAAGGUGAUGGGAAAAGUAAUGAUCUUGUUCUCAGUUGCCCUUACUUCAGAAAUGAGACAGGGGGGGAAGGCGACAGGAGGAUUGCACUCUCUAGGGCCAACUCAUCGACUUUCAGUUCUGGGGAAAGUUGCUCCUUUGAAUCUUCUCUCAGCUCUCACUGCACAAAUGCUGGUGUCUCAGUCCUGGAAGUUCCCAGAGAAAACCAGCCCAUUCACAGAGAGAAAGUGAAGCGGUACAUCAUAGAGCACAUUGACCUCGGAGCUUACUACUACCGCAAAUUUUUUUAUGGGAAAGAGCACCAGAACUAUUUUGGAAUAGACGAGAACCUUGGCCCUGUGGCAGUCAGCAUCCGAAGAGAGAAAGUAGAAGAUGUCAAGGAAAAAGAAGGUUCUCAAUUCAACUACCGAGUAGCUUUCAGGACAAGUGAGCUUACAACACUCAGAGGAGCAAUUCUAGAAGAUGCUAUCCCUUCUACUGCUAGGCAUGGUACUACACGAGGACUACCCCUCAAAGAAGUUCUGGAAUAUGUCAUUCCAGAGUUGAACAUUCAGUGCCUGAGACAGGCUUUGAGCUCACCCAAGGUCUCAGAACAACUGCUUAAGCUUGAUGAACAAGGGCUGAGCUUUCAGCACAAAAUUGGGAUCCUUUAUUGCAAAGCAGGCCAGAGCACAGAGGAGGAGAUGUAUAACAAUGAGACUGCAGGACCAGCUUUUGAAGAAUUCCUUGAUCUUCUGGGCCAGAGAGUACGACUGAAAGGAUUUAGUAAAUACCGAGCUCAGCUAGACAACAAAACUGACUCUACAGGAACUCACUCCCUCUACACUACAUAUAAGGAUUAUGAGCUCAUGUUCCAUGUAUCUACUAUGCUUCCUCAUAUGCCAAACAAUAGACAGCAGCUUCUGAGGAAAAGGCAUAUAGGAAAUGACAUCGUGACCAUUGUCUUUCAAGAACCUGGAGCACUUCCUUUUACUCCAAAGAACAUCCGGUCCCACUUUCAACACGUCUUUGUCAUUGUCAAAGUGCACAAUCCAUGUACUGAAAAUGUGUGUUAUAGUGUUGGAGUUUCCAGAUCAAAAGAUGUACCACCAUUUGGUCCACCGAUUCCCAAAGGUGUAACUUUUCCAAAGUCAGCUGUAUUUCGGGACUUCCUGUUAGCCAAAGUUAUCAAUGCAGAAAAUGCAGCCCAUAAGUCAGAAAAGUUUCGAGCAAUGGCUACAAGAACAAGGCAAGAAUACUUGAAAGAUCUGGCAGAGAACUUUGUUACGACUGCUACUGUAGAAACCUCCAUGAAAUUCAGCUUUAUUACACUGGGUGCAAAGAAAAAGGAGAAAGUCAAGCCAAGAAAGGAUGCCCAUUUGUUUAGUGUUGGAGCAAUCAUGUGGCAUGUUGUAGCACGGGACUUUGGACAAUCUGCUGACAUUGAAUGUUUGCUUGGGAUUUCCAAUGAAUUCAUAAUGUUGAUUGAAAAGGAUUCCAAGAAUGUUGUAUUUAACUGCUCCUGCAGGGAUGUUAUUGGGUGGACAUCUGGAUUAAUGAGCAUCAAGAUGUUUUAUGAAAGAGGAGAAUGCAUCCUCCUGUCCUCCGUUGACAGUUGUGUCGAAGAUGUAAGAGAGAUUGUUCAGAGAUUAGGAAUAGUGACGAGAGGCUGCGAGACAGUGGAAAUGACCCUCAGGAGAAAUGGGCUGGGCCAGCUUGGCUUUCAUGUGAAUUUUGAAGGAAUUGUGGCAGAUGUGGAGCCCUUUGGCUUUGCCUGGAAGGCUGGUCUUCGCCAAGGGAGUCGCCUCGUGGAAAUCUGCAAAGUGGCCGUAGCCACUCUAACACAUGAGCAGAUGAUCGACCUGCUCCGGACUUCUGUGACUGUGAAGGUGGUUAUCAUCCAACCCCAUGAUGAUGGCUCACCCCGCAGAGGGUGUUCAGAGCUCUGCCGUAUCCCAAUGGUAGAAUAUAAACUCGACAGUGAAGGCACCCCCUGUGAGUACAAAACCCCUUUCCGGAGGAAUACCACAUGGCAUCGGGUGCCCACCCCUGUCCUGCAGCCCUUGUCCAGGGCUUCCCCAGUGACUGGCACUCCUGACCGAUUGCAAUGCCAGCAGCUGCUCCAACAGGCCCAGGCCGCCAUUCCUCGAAGCACCUCCUUCGACCGGAAGCUGCCCGACGGCACAAGAAGUUCACCUAGCAAUCAGUCAUCCUCCAGUGACCCCGGCCCUGGUGGGAGUGGACCUUGGAGACCGCAAGUUGGAUAUGAUGGGUGUCAGUCUCCCCUGUUGCUUGACCACCAGGGCUCAGGCCCUUUGGAAUGUGAAGGAUCCAGAGAACAGGAAGAAUCCAUAGAGGGAAGCAGGCACUCAGAAACCAAAUGGCAUGGUCCACCUUCUAAAGUUCUGAGUUCCUACAAAGAAAGAGUUCUUCAAAAAGAUGGAAGUUGCAAGGAUUCCCCCAAUAAGCUUUCACAUAUUGGAGACAAAAGUUGUUCUAGUCACUCAAGCAGCAAUACACUUUCCAGCAAUACCUCCAGCAACAGUGAUGAUAAACACUUUGGAUCUGGAGACCUAAUGGAUCCUGAACUGCUGGGCCUGACUUAUAUAAAAGGAGCCUCCACAGACAGUGGUAUUGACACAACUCCAUGCAUGCCCACCACAGUUCUGGGCCCUGUCCAUCUGACUGGGAGCCGGUCCAUGAUCCAUAGUCGAGCUGAACAAUGGGCUGAUACUGCUGACAUUUCAGGACCUGAUGAUGAACAGACAAAAAUGUACACAGUGCAUAGCUACACACCCACCCUUUUGGCCAGUAACACUGGAGAUGGCAGCAUGGGCGACCUCAGUGAAAUCUCUUCUCAUUCCAGUGGUUCACAUCAUUCAGGAAGUCCUUCAGCUCACUGCUCCAAAAAUACGGGGUCUCUAGAUACGUCCAAAGUCUACAUUGUGUCACACUGCAGUGGACCACAGGUUCCGGGUUCCACAUCUAAACCCUACCACAGACAGGGGUCAUUGAACAAGUAUAUCAUUGGCUGGAAGAAAUCAGAGGGAAGCCCACCUCCUGAGGAGCCUGAUGUAACUGAAUGUCCGGGGCUGUAUAGUGAGAUAAAUCUCAUGUCCACUUCAGCACAGCAUCAGACUGUGAUGGGAGAUGCUGUCUCAGAAUCACAACAUGUUCUGUCAAAAGAAGACUUUCUGAAAUUGAUGCUUCCUGAUAGCCCCUUAGCUGAGGAGGGGAGAAGAAAGUUUUCCUUCUAUGGAAACCUGUCUCCUCGAAGGUCUCUGUAUCGUACCUUCUCUGACGAGAGCAUAUGCAGCAAUCGGAGAGGAUCAUCUUUUGGUAGUUCCCGAAGUUCCAUGCUUGACCAAGCCCUGCCCAACGACAUUCUGUUCAGCACCACCCCGCCCUACCACAGCACGCUGCCUCCACGCACCCACCCUGCUCCCAGCAUGGGGAGCCUGAGAAAUGUGUUCUGGUUCUCCGAUGGGUCCAUAUCGGAUAAGUCCAAGCAUGCAGAUCCUGGCCUGAUGCCCCUCCCGGACACGGCCACAGGUUUAGAUUGGUCCCACCUCGUAGAUGCUGCUCGAGCAUUUGAAGGUCUUGACUCAGAGGAAGAACUUGGGCUGCUCUGUCACCAUCCGUCCUAUCUAGACCAGAGAGUGGCUUCCUUCUGUACCCUGACAGAUAUGCAACAUAGCCAAGACUUGGAAGAUGGCCAGGAAUUGCCUUUAUGUGUAGAUCCAGGCAGUGGCAAAGAUUUUAUGGACACAGCUGGAGACCGUUCUCCAUCAACACUCACUGGUAAAGUCAACCAGCUGGAGUUAAUCCUUCGACAGCUGCAGACUGACCUGCGGAAGGAAAAGCAGGACAAGGCAGUGCUCCAAGCCGAAGUACAACAUCUGAGACAAGACAACAUGCGGCUGCAGGAGGAGUCGCAGACAGCCACAGCACAGCUGCGAAAAUUCACAGAGUGGUUUUUCAGCACUAUUGACAAAAAGUCUUAACCAUUCUGGACCCACAAGGGACUCUGGGAAAUGCCUUGAGGCCCUUUAAAGUCACAAAUCUGUGGUGUUUAGCUGUGCUUGCAGCCAAGUAGUUGUUUUUGCUCUAUGUUCACCCCAGCAGGAGAGGGAGCUGUUGUUGGUAGCCCCUGUGUGACAUAACUGUAGGAAGAUGAAUGUAACUCCCCUUGUCCAGAUGAAUGUAAACCCUGGAGUCAGCUUGGACCUUUUUCUUUGGGCUCUGCUACAAUGAUCCUCUGGCAGGGGCUUACCUCAAGAGGGAAGAGAGUUGGGUUUUAUUUCCUCUAUCAGGUGACAGGGAUGUUAAAGCAAUUUACCAUAGUUUGGGCUUUAGUAUUGUAAAAUAUACAUGCAAACAAAUAAUCAGUAAUAUACCUUAAUUUAAAGGUGCUCUAUUUUUUUGGAUGUACAAUAGUUUUAUUUCCACAGCCACAUUAUCAUAGCAAUAAGAGAAAGAGGCAUAGUAAAUAGCUGAACAGCCUUGUAGAGCAAACAAAAGCACUUAUGUGUCGAACACUAGUUUGAAUAUAGUUAUUUUAGAAACUUAUUUACUUGCAGGAGCAAAGAUGCCUGAAGAUUUGCAGCGUUUAAGGGUCAUAAAAGAAGAUGUAUAUGCCUUGUAAAUGGCUCACUAAGUAGUCACUUCAACUCUUCACUUUUGUAUAGCUAAUGUUCUUCUGUAAACAGAGUGGACCUGUUUCAGACUAUAACUCUCCUUGUAUGCUGUGAGCCAGCAGAAUCCCAUGUAAAAUGCCAAAUUUGUCUAUCUUUGUACAGAAGCUUUGAUGAAGUGUCUUGUAUUUAACAUCCUUAUUUAAGCUUAUUUAACCUUAAAUUGUUAAUUUUAUAAACUCUGGUUUUACCUAUGCUGGGAGGAGGGAGGUGUAAGGUAGCAGCAAGCUCAGAAAAGACAGAGCUUGCCCCUAACAGACCGAUGAGCAGGGCAGGAAAUUCUAACAACUGGAUGCUGCUAGUAACAAGUUGUUUGUAUUACUUUACCAUUUUUAACUGUUCUAUUUGAGAUGAACCUACAUUUUGCUUUUUUAAUAAAUGUUAAAAGAGUAGAUGUAAGCAA